AUGGGUUUCCUGAAACUUAUUGAAAUCGAGAACUUUAAGUCGUACAAGGGAAGACAGAUCAUCGGACCAUUUCAGAGGUUUACAGCCAUCAUUGGACCUAAUGGCUCUGGUAAAUCAAAUCUCAUGGAUGCUAUCAGCUUUGUGCUAGGUGAAAAGACCAGCAAUUUGCGGGUGAAGACUCUUCGAGACUUGAUCCAUGGAGCUCCUGUAGGCAAGCCGGCUGCUAACAGGGCCUUUGUCAGCAUGGUCUACUCUGAGGAAGGUGCUGAGGACCGAACUUUUGCCCGAGUUAUUGUUGGGGGUUCUUCUGAGUACAAAAUCAACAACAAAGUGGUCCAGCUACAUGAGUACAGUGAGGAGUUAGAGAAGUUGGGCAUUCUCAUCAAAGCUCGUAACUUCCUCGUCUUCCAGGGUGCUGUGGAAUCCAUUGCCAUGAAGAACCCCAAAGAGAGAACAGCUCUGUUUGAAGAGAUCAGUCGCUCUGGGGAGCUGGCCCAGGAGUAUGAUAAGCGAAAGAAGGAAAUGGUGAAGGCUGAAGAGGAUACUCAGUUUAAUUACCAUCGCAAGAAAAACAUUGCAGCAGAACGCAAGGAGGCCAAACAGGAGAAGGAAGAGGCUGACCGAUAUCAGCGCCUAAAGGAUGAGGUAGUACGAGCUCAGGUACAGCUACAACUCUUUAAGCUUUACCACAAUGAGGUAGAAAUUGAGAAGCUCAACAAGGAACUAGCCUCUAAGAACAAGGAAAUUGAGAAAGACAAGAAACGCAUGGACAAGGUAGAGGAUGAGCUGAAGGAGAAGAAGAAGGAGCUGGGGAAAAUGAUGCGGGAGCAGCAGCAGAUUGAGAAGGAGAUCAAAGAGAAGGACUCAGAGCUUAACCAGAAACGGCCUCAGUACAUCAAAGCCAAAGAGAAUACCUCUCACAAAAUUAAGAAGUUGGAAGCAGCCAAAAAGUCCCUACAGAAUGCACAGAAACACUACAAGAAACGUAAAGGUGACAUGGAUGAGCUAGAGAAGGAGAUGCUGUCAGUAGAGAAAGCACGACAGGAGUUUGAGGAACGAAUGGAAGAGGAGAGCCAGAGUCAAGGCAGAGACUUGACUCUGGAGGAGAACCAGGUGAAGAAGUAUCACCGGCUGAAAGAAGAAGCCAGCAAGAGAGCAGCUACCCUGGCCCAGGAGUUGGAGAAGUUUAAUCGAGACCAGAAAGCUGACCAGGACCGACUAGAUCUGGAAGAGAGGAAGAAAGUUGAGACAGAGGCCAAGAUCAAACAAAAACUCCGGGAGAUAGAAGAGAAUCAGAAGCGGAUUGAGAAACUGGAGGAAUAUAUAACCACUAGCAAGCAGUCUCUUGAGGAGCAAAAGAAGCUAGAAGGGGAACUGACAGAAGAGGUGGAAAUGGCCAAACGGCGUAUUGAUGAGAUCAAUAAGGAGUUAAACCAGGUGAUGGAACAGCUGGGGGAUGCCCGCAUUGAUCGCCAGGAGAGCAGCCGUCAGCAACGAAAGGCAGAGAUCAUGGAAAGCAUCAAGCGCCUUUAUCCUGGUUCUGUGUAUGGCCGCCUCAUAGACCUCUGCCAGCCCACACAAAAGAAAUACCAGAUUGCUGUAACCAAGGUUUUGGGCAAGAACAUGGAUGCCAUUAUUGUGGACUCAGAGAAGACAGGCCGGGACUGUAUUCAGUAUAUCAAGGAGCAGCGCGGAGAACCCGAGACUUUCUUACCUCUUGACUACCUUGAGGUGAAACCUACAGAUGAGAAGCUCCGGGAGCUCAAAGGGGCCAAACUUGUGAUCGAUGUUAUUCGCUAUGAACCACCUCACAUCAAAAAGGCCCUGCAGUAUGCUUGUGGCAAUGCCCUUGUCUGUGACAAUGUAGAGGAUGCCCGCCGUAUUGCCUUUGGGGGCCACCAGCGCCACAAGACAGUGGCAUUGGAUGGGACCCUGUUCCAAAAGUCAGGAGUGAUCUCUGGCGGGGCCAGUGACCUGAAGGCCAAGGCACGCCGCUGGGAUGAGAAAGCAGUAGACAAGUUGAAAGAGAAGAAGGAGCGAUUGACAGAGGAGUUAAAAGAACAGAUGAAAGCAAAACGGAAAGAGGCAGAGCUGCGGCAGGUGCAGUCUCAGGCUCAUGGACUACAGAUGCGGCUCAAGUACUCACAGAGUGACCUAGAACAGACUAAGACACGACAUUUAGCCCUAAACCUGCAGGAAAAGUCCAAGCUGGAGAGUGAACUAGCCAACUUUGGGCCUCGAAUCAACGAUAUCAAAAGGAUCAUCCAGAGCCGAGAGAGGGAAAUGAAAGACUUAAAGGAGAAAAUGAACCAGGUAGAAGAUGAAGUAUUUGAAGAGUUUUGUCGUGAGAUUGGUGUGCGCAACAUCCGGGAGUUUGAGGAAGAAAAGGUGAAGAGGCAAAAUGAAAUUGCUAAGAAGCGUUUGGAGUUUGAGAAUCAAAAGACUCGUUUGGGCAUCCAAUUGGAUUUUGAAAAGAACCAACUCAAAGAGGACCAAGAUAAAGUACACAUGUGGGAACAGACAGUGAAAAAAGAUGAAAAUGAGAUAGAAAAGCUCAAGAAGGAGGAGCAAAGACACAUGAAGAUCAUAGAUGAGACAAUGGCCCAGUUACAAGACCUGAAGAAUCAGCACCUGGCCAAAAAGUCAGAGGUUAAUGACAAGAAUCAUGAGAUGGAGGAGAUUCGUAAGAAGCUGGGAGGUGCCAACAAGGAAAUGACCCACUUACAGAAGGAGGUGACAGCCAUUGAGACCAAGCUUGAACAAAAGCGCAGUGAUCGCCACAACCUCCUACAGGCUUGUAAGAUGCAAGACAUCAAGUUGCCACUGUCUAAGGGCACUAUGGACGAUAUUAGCCAGGAAGAGGGUAGCUCGCAGGGAGAAGACUCGGUGAGUGGUUCUCAGAGAACUUCCAGUAUCUAUGCACGAGAGGCCCUCAUUGAGAUUGACUAUGGCGACCUGUGUGAGGAUCUGAAGGAUGCCCAGGCUGAGGAGGAGAUCAAACAGGAAAUGAACACCCUACAGCAGAAGCUGAAUGAGCAGCAAAGUGUACUCCAGCGCAUUGCUGCUCCCAAUAUGAAGGCUAUGGAAAAGCUGGAAAGUGUCCGAGAUAAGUUCCAGGAGACCUCAGAUGAGUUUGAGGCAGCCCGAAAGCGAGCCAAGAAGGCCAAGCAAGCAUUUGAACAGAUCAAGAAGGAGCGCUUUGACCGCUUUAAUGCUUGUUUUGAAUCUGUAGCCACCAACAUUGAUGAGAUCUAUAAGGCCUUGUCACGCAAUAGCAGUGCCCAGGCAUUCCUAGGUCCUGAGAAUCCUGAGGAACCCUACUUGGAUGGCAUCAAUUAUAACUGUGUAGCCCCUGGCAAACGCUUCCGGCCUAUGGACAACUUGUCUGGUGGGGAAAAAACAGUGGCAGCUCUGGCUCUGCUCUUUGCCAUCCACAGCUACAAGCCAGCUCCCUUCUUUGUCCUGGAUGAGAUUGAUGCUGCUCUGGAUAACACCAACAUUGGCAAGGUGGCAAAUUACAUCAAGGAGCAGUCGACUUGCAACUUCCAGGCCAUUGUCAUCUCUCUUAAGGAAGAGUUCUACACCAAGGCUGAGAGCCUCAUUGGUGUUUAUCCUGAGCAAGGGGACUGUGUGAUCAGCAAAGUCCUAACCUUCGACCUCACCAAGUACCCAGAUGCCAAUCCCAACCCCAAUGAACAAUAG